AUGUCCGCUGGAGCACCGCAAAUACGCUUGCAACAGUCCACUUCCGCCAAGCCACGGUACGCUGGACACUCCGACCUCUCAAUCCAAGUAAAGCCACAUGGCCUGAUGGCAGUAGCCGCAAGAGUGCUGAGAACAUGUGCCGACUCUCUGGCCCUGCCUCUAUCCAAGCUGUUUACCCUGGGCUUCUGCAGUAGUCACCAACCUGCCAUGUGGAAAGUUGCCAACGUCGUACCGGUACACAAGAAAAGCCCCAAGUCAAACCCGAGAAACUUCCGACCGAUAUCACGACCGACCAUAAUGUCUAAGCGCAUGGAGUCCAUUAUGAACCGCAGCCUGUCCAACUACCAGAAGAAGAAUGACAUUCUUUCUCACAGGCAGUUUGGCUUUCGCACUGGACUGGGAACCUCCGAUCUGCUGAUUGCUCUUCAGCAUUAG